UCAUUCACUUUUCUCUCGAAGCUUCUCACCGUCUCUCUUGAACUUUCUUUCUCCCUUUCUCUCAAACCCAUUCUCCCACAUCAGCCUUCUCAAACCCAUUCUCCCUUUCUCUCGAAGCUUCAAUCAAGCCCACUCUCCCACAUCAGCCUUCUCUCCCAUUCUCCACGGUCCUUCUCUCCCUUUCUCUCAAACCCAUUCUCCCUUUCUGCUCUGAGAUCGAAGCUUCUUUCUCUUCUUUGCUGAGAUCGAAGCCUCCAUCCUAUUCCUCUCAAACCCAGAUCGUAGAGGGCGCCACAAAUCUAGUUCCCUCUACUUCCUUUCACUUCAGUCGUGUUGUUCAGAGGCAUAUCAGAGGUCAGAUCGGUGUUCAGUGGUCCAGAUCGGUGGGUUUUUAUUUUUUAUUUUUCUGUGUUCAGUUGCUGUAGAAGUGUAACAAAAAAAUCGUUUAUGGAAUUUGUUCUGAUUAAGUCUGGGUUUUUUUUAAUUUUUCUGGAAUUUGUUUCUAAUUUCAUCUCAUAAUAAAAAAAUUGAUUCAAAUUUGGAAUUUGUUUCUGAUUCAAGUUUGGAAUUUUUUUUUCCGAUUCAAGUCUGGAAUUUGCUUAUUCUGCCUCUUCUCAUUGAUCAUUGUUUCCCUCUCUUUUUUUAACUGCAAUCAGUUGUUGAAUGAUAGAGAAAAUAUGAUAUUUAUAAUUAAAAGGAAGAAGGAAGGAAGCUAAGCAACGUUGCUUAAAUUUGAGGGCUAAGCAACGCCAGCUCAGCCAGCUCCAACGCUUCCAAAAAUUAAGCAACGCAUCUUAUUUUCUCCAACCAGGUUAAGCAACCUGUGUUGGAGUUGCUCUUAGAGACUAAUGCUAGGGAGUUGGGUUUGGGGCCCCCUAUGGGGCUCCGCGCCCCACCUCUUUUUUUUUAACCCAUAAAUGCCCUACGGAACUUAAACUUCCGUAUUCAAUAAAAUAGAAUACGGAAGUUAAAAUUCCGUAUUAUAACUCUGACAGUCAUCACCUUUUCCACCAUUACUCCUCCCUCCACCAACCCCUCCACCAUUACUCCUCCGUCACCAACCCCUCACCAGCCCCCUUAACCCCCUCAAUGCCUUCAGACCACCCUCUCUCUCACCCUCUCCUACCUCACUUUCAUCCUCACUUUCAUCCUCACUUCCAUUCCUCCUACCACCACCACCAACUCCUUCAUUGGCAAGCUCUCCACCAUUGGAUGCAAAAAGAUAGCAUUUGAGGGAUGACAGAAUCAUUUUUAUUUCAUGAAUCCCAAUUGAUUGAAGUUGGAUUGAACAAUGCUCAACCUGAAGAGGUGCCACCACCAGCAUUUGUACCCCCGUGUAUAAGUAUAGAUGUCUUGCAUUUAUUUACAACUGAUCAGUCAGAUAGCGGUGGGAAUGGAAGCAGAAAAGCUUAUGUCAUGUUGGGGUGCGAGAAGCAUGGUAAGUAUGUUCCCUACAGAGACCCUGACCUUGUUGAAGGAACGAGAACACAAAAGACAGAAUGUCCUUUUAGACUAAAAGGACGACCUAUGAAAAAUGGCACAGAUAGAGAUUGGCGGCUAAAGGUGAUGGAAGGUGCACACAACCAUGAACCAGCUAGGUCACUACUUGGCCACAAUUUUGUUGGUCGUCUAAAUUCCGAAGAGAAGGAACAAGUGGAAAAAAUGUCAAAGAGUUGGGUUCUACCGAGAAAGAUGUUGUUGACUUUGAAGGAAAACAAUCCUUUAAACUUGACUACCAUAUCUCAGAUUUAUGGUGCUUGCAAGAGGUUAAGAAAAUCCCUCCGCGGGUCAUUGACAGAAAUGCAACACUUGUUGAAGAAGUUGGACGGUGACAAGUACGUCCACUUUGAAAGACAUGAGCUUGGAUCGGAAGUCAUUAGGGAUGUAUUUUGGGCUCAUCCAAAUGCUAUCAAACUGUUCAACACAUUUCCAUAUGUAGUGAUUAUGGAUUGCACAUACAAGACAAACAAAUAUAAAAUUCCAUUGCUUGAGAUUGUUGGACUGACUUCCACAGAUAAGACAUACUCCAUAGCCUUUUACUACAUUGUUAAUGAGGGCACAGAUGACUACGUUUGGGCACUGGAGUGUAUGAAGUCUCUAUUAGCUGAUCAAGCCAUGUUGCCUAAGGUGAUUGUUACUGACAGGGAUCUUGCCUUAUUGAGUGCUGCUAAGCAAAGCCUUCCCAACACCAGCCAUUUAUUAUGCUUGUGGCACAUCAACAAGUGUGUUUUGGCAAAGUGCAAACUCUAUGUUGGUACAGAUGAUUUUGCUGAAUUGGUUAUGGGGAAGUGGGGAGAGGUGGUGGAUGCUGCAACAGUUGAAGAAUUUGAAGUUCAAUGGAUGCAAUUGUUUAAUAUGUGCAAGGACAAAUACAGCAACUUUACCUCCUAUUGUUCUACUACAUGGUUGGUCCACAAGGAAAAAUUUGCCAAGGCAUGGACAAAUCAUGUGAUGCACUUUGGAACAACAACAAGUAACAGGGCUGAGGGUGCACAUGCCAGUUUGAAGAAGAUGUUGCGGGAUUGCAAGGGUGACCUAGCCACUUCUUGGGAUGCGUCGCAUAGUUUGACAUGUAAUCGACAUACUGAAAUAUUAGCAUCGUUUGAGCGCAGUAUUCACAGAAUUGAUCACAUUUUCAUGUGCCCAUUUUACACAAAUAUUAGAGGAUUUGUGUCAAACAAAUGCCUGCAGCUCCUUGAUGCUGAACAUAUAAGAAUGAAGUCCUACGGCCGAUGCGAUUGCUUGUUGAGAGAGACUCAUGAACUGCCUUGCGGUUGUGAACUUGCAGGUUAUGAAAGAAUUUCAUAUGAGGCAAUUUAUCCAUUCUGGAAGAGACUGAGUUGGGAGCAUGUACCUGAACCUGUUGCAGAUACUAUCAGCAACCAUAUUUGCGGCAUGAACCAUGGAGAUAUGCAACCAGAAGUUGAGGCAUUGACACAUUAUUUCAGUUCUUUGGAUACUGGAGGGCAGAGUAUGGUAAGGAGGAAGCUUCAAUUACUUUUCAUUAACUGUAGUUACUUUUAUGUAAACCAGAGUUACUUUCGAAAGUAACCAUGGUCAGAACUUGUAUAAAUAGGUAGCUUAGUAAGAGUAAGAGGCAUCGGGUUUUUGACCUACCUCUCUCUCUCUCUCUCUUACCUAUCUCUCUCUAUGUGUGUAAUCUCUGCAGUUCUUUGAAUAAAAGCUUUUCUGUAAGUACUUUUCCA